AUGGCGUCUCAAACUUGCCUAAAGGCGUUCUUCGUGUUAAUCGGAUUAGUCAGUAUAGCCCAGUCAGCGUAUAUUGCCAACGACGUCGUUUCGGAUUAUGCGGAGGUCAAAGAAUUGCUGGCCGCUUUCUAUAGAAAACAUGCAAAGAAAUACGGACACGACUAUGAUCCGGUGGCUAUCCAAGCUAUUGCUGAAAACAUGGAUAAAGCAGUGAAAGAUGACAAGACGGAAGCAACUGUCAACAGGAAACUUUGGAAUGAAGUUUUCGAAAACGACAUUAUCUUGACUCUCCCUCAGGCUGAAUCACUUCUCUCCGAGUCAAAUAACCCAAGAUCCAAAAGACAAGCUCACCCAGAUCCAAGAAACUUCUGGCCAAACCUAACCAUCUCCUAUGAAUUCUACGGCGGAGAAGAGACUUGGCGUCAACUCAUCAGAAGUGCAAUCAGACACGUCGAGCAGAAUGUCUGCUUCAGAUUCAAGGAGAAUGGUGGAGAUAGAGAUGGAUUGAGAUACUACAGAGGAAAUGGAUGCUGGUCAAACGUUGGUAGAGUUGGUGGUAAACAGUUGGUAUCGAUUGGAUACGGAUGUGAUAGUCUUGGAAUCGUCUCCCAUGAAACUCUCCAUGCUCUGGGACUCUGGCACGAGCAAUCUCGAGAUGACCGUGACAACUACAUCAGUAUUGUAGCUGACAAGAUUACUAGAGGAACCGAAGGAAACUUUGCCAAAAGAACGCCAGCUAACAGUGAUAACCUUGGGCAACCGUAUGAUUUGGGAUCUGUUAUGCACUAUGGUGCAAAGGCGUUCUCUUAUGAUUGGUCCAGUGAUACCAUCAAAACUAGAGACUGGAGAUAUCAAAACACAAUUGGACAAAGAGACGGACUCUCAUUCAAAGACGCGAAAAUGAUCAACACUAGAUAUUGCAGCAAUGUUUGUCAAAGACAACUCCCGUGCAUCAAUGAAGGAUACACCGAUCCAAACAACUGUAGCCGUUGUCGUUGCCCAUCUGGAUACGGAGGAACUUAUUGUGAAACUGUUGAGUAUACAUCAUGCGGAGGAUCACUCACUGCUUCCUCUUCAUAUCAGAAAAUUGAGAGCGGUAUUGUGCAAGCCGAUGCGAAUUGCGUGUGGCGAAUUAGAAACCCUGGAGGAAACGUCGAGGUUGUUUUUGACAAAGUGAACUUCCAAUGUUCGGAUCCAUGUCAAAGCUAUGUGGAGGUGAAGUACUUAUCACAGAAAACUUCUACAGCACGACUCUGCUGCAGUUUACCAUCGGUUAUCCGAUCGGAGGGAGAUGACGUCAUCAUCAUUUACAGAGGAACACCGUCGACAGCUUAUGGAUGGAAAGGCUUCACUCUGAGAUACAGAGCGCUGGGAGGAACGCCAACAACAAUUGCCACUACUCGGCCAACUUAUGCUACCACGACUAGACCAUACUGGACAAGAACGGCGAGUGGAUGGAUUCACAUUCAAAACCCACCACUGUACACGCCUGACGGCCAGAUCUACACCUCGGAUGAGCAAUCGGCGGAAACUCUCGAUUCCUCUGAGGAGCUUUUUGAUCCGAGCACUACUGUUUCUUCUUCUUCUCCUUCUGCUUCACCAGCACUGCUUCUUCCCUCAGAUGCCUCUCCAAAGAGACCAUCUGCACAAGAGCAUGAUCUAUCGCAACUUUCCCAGAAUGCUUUAACUCGUCCUACGCCGACGACGACUUACGCUCCAGCUUUAGCUUCGUGGAGUGCUUGGGGAGAAUGGUCCGCUUGCUCUCAACCAUGUGGAGGAUGUGGAACCAGAACUCGAGUAAGAGCAUGUUAUGGCGGUAACCAAGUUUGCGCCGGAAGUAAUUUGGACAGACAGAGUUGCAACACUCAAGUCUGCGCUAAGCCGAAGAAAGGAAUGAUCUGCAAUGGACGUCUUCUACUUCCGUGCGAUUUGCUUGCCAAGCUCAACUUUGGAUCCAACAACUAUUUGAAUCCAAAAUUAAAGCAAUCCGGAUUUGCGCGUUCCAGCACUCUCCCACUGCCACGCAUCUCUCAACGUAAACCAGUACUCCGUCAAGAAUUGGAAGUACACCCACCAACUGAAAGAUUCCUCUCGUCCACAGUGAGAAGAGUGAAGAGACAGACGGCUACGAGAUUCUGUGAAAAACGUUUCAUAUACCAAUGCCCUACUGCUCUUCUCACCAUCCAAAUGGAGUACAAGGAACCGGCUCAGGGAGCCAAUGACGCCUAUUUCCAACAAUACCCAGAAUGCUGUUCGGGAUACACACCAAGAAGAGGCACCUGCUACAAAAACUAA